AUGAGCGAUCAGCGGUAUCCUGCGAACGUGAGAAUUAUAGGAGUGAUGCACAAAGACAAGAACAAAAUGUACAUAACAUCAGUGCUGUGGUCAGAUCAGAGUGAGGUGACUGUGUACAGAUCAUUCCAGGAGUUUAAGAAACUUCAUAAGCAACUAAAAAAGAAAUUCCCUGUGGAAAAUCCGCUCCGCAAACGAGAGAGAGUGCUUCCCAAAUUCAAAGGUAUAGGGAAGAAGCCAAACUUUCAGAAGAAGGGUCCGAGCAAAUCAGUGCACCGCGUAAAGGCUUUGGAGAGGUACUGCUCCGAGCUGCUCCAGUGUGAUCCAAGCGUCACGUUAAGCUCAGAAGUCUUUCAGUUUUUCCUGCCUAAGGAACAGGAACUUCAGCCAGAUUUUGCCAAGAACAGCCUAAUGAUCCUGACAUCAGGAGAGUCCCCUAAUGAUCUAGGGGAAGGUCAUGUCUAUGGCAAACGUUUGAGCGUCGGGAAUGUGACCAAUCCUUUUGUUACCAUGACAUGCCGCUGCAUAGCAUCUUAUGAAACCAAGGAUGUCAAGAAUCGAGCCUUCAGAGUCUCUGUGGAUGAAGUCGUGGAUGUGCUGAUGAAAGACCCAGCUGGCUGGUGGCUGGUGGAAAAUAGCGAUAAACAACUAGCCUGGUUCCCUGCACCAUACCUGGAGUUGGUUGAGAAUGAUGAAGAAGAUGAUGAUUUUGACACAGCAGUUGUGGAAGGAUCUGUGUUCUGUGCCUCAAGAAGUUACACAUCCAAUAAAGCAGAUGAGAUAUCAGUCAGCAUUGGUGCUGUGGUGGAGGUGAUGCAGAAGUCUGACAACGGCUGGUGGCUUGUCAGAUACAAUGGAAGGGCUGGCUAUGUGCCUUCCAUGUACCUGCAGCCAUACUCGGGCCCUGCUUUUGGCCUCCGUACUCUACAAAGACACGUUCACGGCUCCAGCCUCAACCUGUCCACCAGCAGCUCCCCCCAGCCGGAGCUCAACCAGGCAGCCCGGCCUCAGAGCCUACAGCAAAGGCUCAGGAACCUUCAAAAGUUCCGCUCCAUGGAGGUUCUUUCAGAGACCCGACAUCAGCACGACACACUAGCUCCGAGAGAAGAGUGUGACAGCCGCAAGAGCAGCAUCAGCAGCACUAGUACAGGCACUGACUUCAGCUUUAGCUCCUCUGGCUCUGAAUCUCUAGUCCAGUCUGACGGAGAUCAGGAUCUGAGGCAAAGAAGCCAGUCCCAGGAGGAAGAUCAGUACAGCGCAGAUAGUGGCCUAUCCUCUGAGCCACACUGCUCAGCUGGUUCUGACAGCAACGUUGCUGCCAAACGAUUCGCUGCACCCAAGGUGCCACCUCGUCCCCAGACCCAGGAGAUCCUUACCCGCUGUACCACUUAUACCCGGAAGGCUGCCAUGGCAUCCAGAGCACGCCUGUUCCCAGAUCGAGUUCAAAUUCAGGCCCAUUAG